UCAUGUCUUGGGGUGUACCUUGAUACAUACGCCAAUGGAAAGAGAAAUAACAAAGAAGAAAAACAACUUUCAGUGCGCCUGGUGCUAAAAUCUGCAGUUUCAAGUAACUAGAAAGCAAUAAAAUCAAACCAACGAACUACGUCGUUUUGUGACUGAAAAGGAUCAGCAAUAAACAAGCGCUGUCAGACGAUAAUUUAGCAGCUAACGUGUUCUUGGGUUAAAACACGUAGGCAAACCAUGUCGUUGCACAGUGAAACCGUAGGAAAUAAGCAACCAAUCAAACGGCUGGAAAUACCAAUUAGCAAAUUCAAUGACGUCGCAAUACCACAUCACUUAGGAAUGCUCAGAAGACAUAAGACUAAUAUCGCCAAGCUAAAACAAACCGGAGACUGGGACCGUAUCUAUAAAGAACAGACGAAUGCUUCUCGUCUGGUCAAACAGCUUAAACAGUUGUUGUACGAAAUGGAUGUUCUGCGAGGCCAAGUACAAGACAGCGAUAUCGCUAAGUUCGAUCAACUCACAGCAUACUCUAGAGCAAGUACAAUGAAUGCCAUCAAAGAAUAUUUGGCGCUGGACCUCAAUCUGCCUACAAUGAACCGUUUGUCAACCAAAGAUGAAGAUGAGGCCACAAACCACCCAUUUCAGGAUGGCAAUAUCCAACUGCACGCAGAAGAGAAAGAAUUGGAAAGGCAGCAGGCCUGUCUGCAUGCUUGGAACUCUCUGCAGGAUGAUAUGAUACAGCUGCAUCAAUUGUUCGUAGACUUUAAUCAACUUGUUCACGAUCAAAAAGAGUUUGUAAACAGAAUAGAAGAAAAUACUGAAGAGACUGAAGUAAAUGUCACAGAAGGUACAAAGUUCCUAGAGAAAGCAGGAAAAUACAAAACAGCGGCAUACCCAAUAGCUGGGGCUCUAAUUGGAACCUGUCUUGGAGGUCCAGUUGGCUUAAUCGCUGGUUUAAAAUUUGGUGGUCUCACGGCGAUUGGUUGUGGGUUGUUAGGUUUUACUGGAGGAACGCUUUUGAAGAAAAAAACUAUAAAAUCAAGUACGGAAAGCCAAGCAGAAAACAGACUUGAACGUGUUCAUGGUUCUGAUUUGCCGUUAGAAAAUAUAAAAGCUAGCAAUAAACAACUUUGACCAUUACAAGUUAAACGCAAAAAGUGUAAGUUGCAUUGCUCCAUGAUGUAGAGGUGGAGGAACGGUUAAAAAGCAAGUAGCACCGUAAAAUCCGCACUAAAAAUAAAAAGGAUAUGAAUACGGAACGAAUAUAUGGCUUGAUAAUAAGAUAGCCUUCCUCAAAAUGUACCUAACUGUGAUCUAAAUUGUAAUUAACCAUGUACAAAUAUUUUACUAAUUGAAUAAAAUCACUCGCUAUUUUAUACAUUCAAA